AUGUCCGGAGCUCGCAACUUGUCAAACGUAUUACGGCGGGCGCGUGUGCCUCGGCCUCGCAUUGUCCUCCAGUCCGCCCUUCCUCGAUCCUCAGCCGCGACCAGUCUCCGCAACUUCAGCUUGAGCUCCACCGUUCGAGCCGACCGGCAGAUCAAAUACACCAGCGACGCUUAUCCCAAUGUCAAGCGCGAUCCCAACUUUGGCGAGCUGACUGCCGAUGAUGUUGCCUUUUUCAAGCAGGUCUUGGGCUCACCAUCCGCCGUGCUGGAUGGCGUGACUGCCGACGCGACCGACGAUAUUGAACCGUUCAACAGCGACUGGAUGCGCAAAUACCGCGGACACGCACGAUUAGUCUUGAAGCCGCAGAGCACAGAAGAACUCAGCAAAGUGAUGGAGUACUGUAAUCAGAAGAAGUUGGCGGUUGUGCCCCAGGGUGGAAACACCGGCCUCGUUGGUGGCUCGGUUCCUGUGUUUGACGAGAUCGUAAUCAACACCUCUCGAAUGAAUAAAAUCCAUUCCUUUGACGAGGCUUCUGGUGUGCUGGUGGUGGAUGCGGGCGUCAUCCUCGAGGUCGCUGAUCAAUAUCUUGCCGAGCGCAACCAUCUCUUUCCCCUUGAUCUGGGCGCGAAGGGAUCCUGCCACAUUGGAGGAAACGUCGCAACUAACGCUGGUGGCCUGCGCCUCCUCCGCUAUGGUUCUUUGCAUGGGAAUGUACUGGGCCUGGAGGCAGUCCUGCCGGACGGGACGAUCGUGGAUUCCCUCUCGACCCUUCGUAAGAACAACACGGGCUAUGACCUGAAGCAGCUUUUCAUUGGCUCGGAAGGCACCAUCGGGUUGAUCACCAAGGUGGCCAUCAUCUGUCCGCCUCGUCCAAAGGCCGUGAACGUGGCUUACUUUGGCGUGGAGAGCUUCGAACAAGUGCAGCGUGCUUUCCGGGAGGCCAAGGGCCAACUUUCGGAGAUUCUCUCGGCCUUUGAGCUCAUGGAUGGUCGCAGCCAACGGCUGGUCCAUGAGUCUACCGGUAACAAGCUCCCCCUCGAGAGCGAGUACCCCUUCUACUGUCUCGUGGAGACCAGUGGUUCCAAUGCUGAGCAUGACAUGGAAAAGCUCGAGACCUUCCUGGAGCAUGUCAUGGGUGAAGGGAUCGUGGCCGACGGUGUGCUGGCCCAGGAUGAGACACAGUUCCAGUCUAUCUGGCGCUGGCGCGAGGGCAUCACCGAGGCGUUGAGCCACCUGGGUGGCACCUACAAGUACGACGUCUCGAUCCCCUUGCCCGAGCUAUACCAGCUCGUCGAGGACUGCAAGCAACGAUUGACCGAGAAGGGUCUUGUCGGCGACGAUGAGUCCUUCCCUGUCCGUGCUGUGGUUGGGUACGGACACAUGGGUGAUUCGAAUUUGCACCUGAACGUGGCCGUGCGCCAGUACAACAAGGAAGUGGAAAAGGCGAUCGAGCCGUGGGUCUACGAAUGGAUCCAGAAGCGCAGUGGCAGUAUCAGUGCCGAACACGGACUGGGUAUCGCCAAGCGCGAAUUCGUUGGGUACAGUCAAAACGACACCAUGAUGAAAUUGAUGAAGCAGCUCAAGGCGCUCUACGAUCCGAACGGCAUCAUGAAUCCGUACAAGUAUAUUUAG